AUGGCCUUGUCCCUGGGCCGGCUGGCCGCAGGCCCCUGCUGGCGCGCGGCACGCGGCGUCUGCGGAGAGAUGCGCGCUUGGUCCCAGCGCUGCGCACCAGGACGCAUCUGCCGGCCCCCUGGCACGGCUGGCACCGAGCUGAGCCGCGGCCGCGGGCUGGGACACGGCCCGACGGCGAGAGGCCGACCCUGGCUGGGGACCGGGCUGGCCGCGGGGCUGGCGGGGUUGGCGGGGCUGACCGCCGCCGCCUUCGGGCAUGUGCAGCGGGCGGAGAUGGUGCCCAAGAGCUCUGGGGCGCCGAGCCCCUCGCCCGGCAGGCCGGAGGAGGAGGACGAGCUGGCCCGCCGCUGUCAGUGCUUUAUGGCCUCACCUGUGACUGACGUGCGCGAGCUGCGGAGGAGGCCGGGCGACAUGAAGACCAAGAUGGAGCUGCUGAUCCUGGAGACCCAGGCCCAGGUGUGCCAGGCGUUGGCACAGGUAGACGGGGGCGCCAGCUUCUCUGUGGACCGGUGGGAGAGGAAGGAAGGAGGUGGUGGCAUAAGCUGUGUACUUCAAGAUGGGCAUGUUUUCGAAAAGGCUGGGGUGAGCAUUUCUGUCGUUCAUGGAAAUCUGUCUGAGGAAGCAGCAAAACAAAUGAGAAGCAGAGGAAAAAAUCUGAAGACUAAAGAUGGUAAAUUGCCAUUUUCUGCUAUGGGCGUGAGCUCUGUUAUCCACCCCAAGAAUCCUCAUGCUCCUACUAUCCAUUUCAACUACAGGUAUUUUGAAGUAGAAGAAGCUGAUGGUAACAAGCUGUGGUGGUUUGGUGGUGGAUGUGACCUCACUCCAACAUACUUGAACCAAGAGGAUGCUGUCCAUUUUCACAGAAUUCUGAAGGAGGCUUGUGACCAGCAUGGUCCAGAUCUCUACCCCAAAUUUAAAAAAUGGUGCGAUGAUUACUUUUUUAUAGCCCAUCGUGGAGAGCGGAGGGGCAUUGGUGGUAUCUUUUUCGAUGAUCUCGACUCUCCAUCCAAGGAGGAGGUGUUUGGCUUUGUGCAGAGCUGUGCUCAGGCUGUUGUUCCUUCAUAUAUUCCCCUUGUGAAAAAGCACUGUGAUGACUCAUUCACUCCCCAGGAGAAGCUGUGGCAGCAGCUCAGAAGAGGACGAUAUGUAGAAUUUAAUCUGCUGUACGAUCGGGGUACAAAGUUUGGCCUCUUCACACCAGGAUCCAGGAUCGAAAGCAUCUUGAUGUCUCUACCUCUUACUGCCCGAUGGGAGUACAUGCAUUCACCCUCAGAGAAUUCCAAAGAAGCUGAAAUUCUGGAAGUUCUGCGCCAUCCCAGGGACUGGGUGCAUUGAUGCAGGCAGAGCGGCUGUGCUGGGCUUUGGAGGACACAGGUCUGUGUCCCUUCCCACUGGCUGGCACUGUUGCCACCAUGUGGCAGUUAGUUACCUGCACCUCAGUGUUUCAGUCUUCUCCAGUGUGGGUCUCACCUUCUUUUUGUCAGGUGGUAAAAUGUUUUGGAUGCUGUCAGUGAUGGGCAUUGAGACAGCAGAUUGUUGUCAGAGUCAAUUGGUGAUAUAGAACUCAUUCAUAGUUUUAGAAUCAUUUUAUAUGACUAGUUCACAAAAUAUGACAUUGAGUUUCCAAGUAUUGAGAUAAGGGAAUAUAAAUAUUAUAAUAUGUACAGGGAAACUCCUCAUCUUAUUUUUGUUUCAUGUAUUUUAAAAAGUUUCAGUUUCUGCCACAAAAAUCUAUGUUGUGGGAUACAUUUAUUUCAUUCAGAGAAGUUGAGAUGACUUGGUACUUUUAGCAUGCAGCUUGAAGGCAAAAGUUUUACUUUGUCAUUACUGAAGUGUCUUUGAAAUAAUCUUUACAUAUUUCUCUAGAGAUAAUAUUGUAAAACAAAUAUUCAUUUUUAUAAUGAUAGAUAUUUAGGAGCACUUAAUUUUUUUUAAUCUUGUAUAUGUAACAAUUCAGUGAUUACCUGUAGUUUUUAACUCUAAAGUGACAUUACCGUUAUUUAAAUAAGGGAUGUCUAAGUUGUAAUUUUGAUUUUUGUGGAACCAUAAUUGUUAAUGUUGGGAUUCUCUGUCCUUUUGAAUGUGAAAGCUUAUAUCUCUGGAUUCUGAUGUUUAAAGUUUUCUAUUCCAGACAUUUCUUCACGGAAGUUUAGACUAAGAACAAUCCUAGGGAUAUUGGGAAUUAAUUUAGGAAAUGUUUCUCAUUUGGAAAAUGAGAUUGGAAAUAUUUUUCCUCUUUAGGGCUGGCCCAUGGCUCACUUGGGAGAGUGU